CACGUGGAGGGGACGCGUGGGGACACACGUGAGGAAGGGGACGCUCAGACACGGGGACGCGACUGGGAACACACAGUGAGGGUGAUGGGAGGGGCACAAAUGGUGACAAACGGGAAAGGGACACGAAUGGGGCCACCCACGCGUGGAGACGCGUCUGGGAACACGCGGGGAUGGGGACAGGAUGAGGACAGCCGGAGCCACGCGUGGAGGUGACACCGCCGGAGCUACGCAGGCGCAGCCGGGGCCGAACACCCCCCAGCGACCAUAGAGUCGGCUCCGCGCUGCCUAGAGCGGCCCCUCCGCGCCGGCCCCGCCCCCCCGCGCGUCUCGUUGCCAUGGGAACGCGCGCUUCCGUUGCUAUGGAGACGGAGCGCAGGAACGGGAUGGCGAGCGCUGCCCGCGGCCUGCAAGGCCUCAACGGGACCCCCGCAAAUCCCCCCGGCUCCAUGCAGCCCUCCAGCCGCUUACGGAGACGGGCACGGAGUACCGAGGUGGAUGAGAGCCUAUUUGGGCCUCCGCAGCCUCACGGUCCCAUUGUGCUCCUACGGGAUGCGCGCAGCGCUCCAAAAUCAGCGCCCGGCGCUCAGCACCGCCCCGAAACCAUCCGUCUGCUCAGCCACGACCUCAUCCGUAGCCUCGUCAUCCCCUCAGAGAAGCCAACACCAGCCCUCAUCAUCGGCCUGCAGGACUUCCAGCGCAUCCAGGAGUCGUCCCGAGUCCUGAGCAAGGAGCAGCGUGCAGCUGAGCUGGCAGCCUUGAAAGCACAGAGGGAGGCAAACCUUGAGGCCAUGAACGAGCGCAAGGCAGCAGCAAAACGACAAACCCUCCUGCAGCAGAGCAAGCAGAGUGACCUGGAGGAGGAGGCAAAGGAACGUGCCCAGUAUCUGCUGCAACGGGCAAACAGGAUGCGCAUGGAGCAGGAGGAUGAGAUCAAGGAGUUCAGUGAGCUGCUCCUGGGUGUGAAGUGCCACAUGAUCCGUGACACGCAGAUCCUGGAGAAGAAGCAGAUAGCCAAAGAGCUGGAGGAGGAGGAGAAACGCCUGGCCAGGAUGAUGGAGGUGGAAAGGCAGAAGGCCAACGAGAUGCAAGAGGAGCUGGAACGCAGGAGAAAGCAGGAGCUGAUCCAAGGUAGACGGGAGCUGGUGAAGCAGAUUGAGAAGAACGCAGAGGAGCGGGCGCUGAGGGCUGAGCAGAAGGACCAGGAGAGCCAGGAAAUGCUUCGGUACCUGGAGCAGCUGAAGAUGGAGGAGCAGAAGGAGUUGAAACAGAAGAAGGAGCAGCAGAAGAAAAUCCAGGCUGAGAUUAAACGCAUCAAUGACGAGAGCCAGAGGUGCAAGGAGGAGCAGCUGCAGAAGGAGAAGAUGGAGGAUGAGCGGGUUCUCGAGUACCAGAAACAGAAAAUGGAGCGGGAGGCAGAGCUGGAAGCUGAGCAGGAAAGAAUCCGUCAGGAGAAGGAGAAGGAGACGGCACGGCUCAGGGCCAUGCAGGAGAAGGCCCUUGACCAGCAGGCAGAGCGGGACGCACUGAGGGCCAAACGCAGCCAGGAGGCAGCUGAGAGGGAGUGGAGGAGGAAGGAGAAGGAGGCAGCACGGAGGAAGGCUGAGAUGGAAGAGCAGCUGCGGCGGGGCCGGAGCCAACAGAUUGCUGAGAAGGAGCACUGCAUGGCUGUGCAGGUGAUGAGGGACCGGCACGACUUCGAGCGCAUCCUCCGGGCCCAGCAGAAGCAGAUAGAGAAGGAAAAGGCAGAGGAAGCUCGGAGGGCAGCCCUGCAGUUGGCCCAUGCUGAUGAUAUCCGACGUCAGAUAAAGGAGCAGCAGCAGCUGAGGGCCCAGGAACGCAUGGCUGCCUUUGAGGAAAGCCAGAGGCUGCAGGAGGCAGCUCAGCAGCGCAGCCGACGCAUCGCCCAGCUCAAGCAGCAGAAGAUCCAGGAGCUCAGAGCUGCUGGCAUCCCGGAGAAGUAUUGUGCCCAGGUGGAGCGGUGGGCAAGGAGUGGGGCUCAGCCCCACACGGGGCAGAAGGCAGCAGCUCAGGAGUUUCGGCUUUCUUAGGCAGAAUUGUCUACAAACAGAGAUGUUUAUGGAACAGACAG